GGGAUUCCCCGCCCAAUGACUGCGGGGGGAUCGGGGAUCCGAGCAGAUGCCCCCCCCCGCCUCGUGCCCCCCCCAUCUCCCGGCCCCGCCGCAUCCGCCCGCCGCUCCCCGGGGCCGGGGGGGGUCCGGGCUGCGGCUGAGACCUUCCUGUUCCCGGCCCCCCCCAACGCCCCCCCCCCCACCGUCGCCACCGCCGCUUCGCCGCCGCCUUUCCCCGAAGCCCCGAAACCGCUGGAAAACGCCCCAAAAGCGCUCGCCCCCCCCCCCUUCCAGCCCCCCCUCCCCCUUCCCAGCCGUGCUGCGAUCCCCUGAGGCUGUCACCACCUGUGUGUGUCCCCCCAUCCCCAGAUCUGUGCCGCUGUCCCCUUAGAGCCACUGACAUCCCCUGAGCAGAGAACCCCCAGCUGUCCCCAUGGAGGAGGAUGAGCCCUGCGUGGUGGAACUGCACGACCCGGAGGAGGCAGGCAUGGUGCGGAGGGUCUGCAUCGUGGACGACGGCAUUGUGAGCGACUGCAAGGAGGAGGUGCUGCCAGAGGAGAUCAGACAGAGCGUCAUCCCCCCCCUCCCCCUGACCCCCAAGGGCAAGAAGCGGGGGGCAGUGGGGGGCCGCGGCGCCGGGGGCUCAGCCGUGGGGGGCUACGGCGAGGAGGAGCAGGAGGGCAGCGGGGGGCGGCUGCGGGGGGGCCGGCAGCGCCCUUUCAUCUGCAACGAGUGCGGGAAGAGCUUCAGCCACUGGUCCAAACUGCUGCGGCACCAGCGGACUCACACCGGGGAGCGGCCGAGCACAUGCGGGGAGUGCGGGAAGAGCUUCAGCCAGAACUCACACCUGGUGCAGCACCGCCGCACGCACACCGGGGAGAAGCCGUACCGCUGCGGGGACUGCGGGAAGAGCUUCAGCUGGAGCUCCAACCUCAUCCAGCACCAGCGCAUCCACACCGGGGAGAAGCCCUACAGCUGCGGGCAGUGCGGGAAGAGCUUCACGCAGAGCAAAAACCUCAUCAAGCACCAGCGCACCCACUCGGGGGCCCGGCCCCACCGCUGCGGGCAGUGCGGCCGCGGCUUCGCGCAGAGCACCAACCUGCUGAAGCACCAGCGGGUGCACGCAGCCUGCAGCCAGCCGCCCGCCUGCCCCGAGUGCGGGCUGAGCUGCUGCGACGGGGCCGAGCUGGAGCUGCACCGGGCGCAGGCGCACGGCCACGAGCCCUACAUCUGCGUGGAGUGCGGGGACAGCUUCGCCAAAAGCGCCACGCUCAAACGCCACAAGCGCGUCCACAAACCCGUCUUCAUGCACUGAGCUGGGGCCGGGGGGGGGAACACCCGCCCAGGGACGGAGCGGCUCAGGAUUGGAGCCCCGGACCACGAGCCCACGGUGAACGUGUAGGGUUGGACCCUAUAGGUGUAUAUAGCGCGGGGUGGGGGCGUGUAGGGUAGAAGCAGCGCCGCACCGCCAGCAACGCGAGGGGCCGGGAUGUGGGGCGCAGCGGGAUGGCUGUAGAAUAAAGCACUUCUGUCUGGGG